AUGUCCAGAAAUUCUGAUGAAGUGUCUAGUCUUGAUGUAGCCUUUGACAAAGUUACCCAAGCUUGUGGACAGAUUUCAGCUCUUAAUAAAAAAUCAUCAGGACUGUGUACGAUACCAACAUCUUUAAUAGAUUCAGCUAUGUCAGGAGAAGUUACUGAAGAAAUUGAUACUCCUUGUAUUUGUCGAAUCACCAGAGGCCGACUGGCAUUCGCUCAUCAGGAUGGAAUGAAAACAGCUAUUGCAUUAAUAAGAUUUAUAUAUAAGACAUCAAGCACAUGUUACAUGACUAGCAAGGAUGACUGCAAACUUUAUAAUACUAAUACUGACCAUGCAUGCAAUCUAUAG